CUCCCACACCGCGUCGAGAUUUUCGGACAGCUGGCAGUUUUGUCUUUGCACUUCGACUCACAGCUCAUACCAGGAAGAGAUGUCAAUCAAUACCAUCAAGGAUCUGACAGCGGGAACGGCUGGGGGAAUUGCGCAGGUCCUUGUCGGUCAACCUUUCGACAUCGUAAAAGUGCGUAUGCAAACAUCCCCCAAGGGCACCUACAAUGGCAUGUUGCACUGCGCUACUGGGAUCCUAAAGAAUGAAGGACCCUUGGCGUUUUACAAGGGCACUCUCACGCCGUUAUUAGGAAUCGGCGUCUGUGUGUCGAUACAAUUUGGUGCACUGGAGUUUGCAAAACGGGUUUUUGCAGCCCAGAACAUCGCCAGCGGUCGCGGUGGUGAAGGAGGAAAGAUGCUUUCUAACGGUCAACUUUUUAUCGCUGGUGUCGGUGCUGGCAUUGCAAAUGGAUUUGUCUCUGGACCCGUUGAACACAUUCGAAUACGACUGCAAACACAGUCGAACACAAAUCCUAUGUAUGCCGGCCCUUGGGAUGCGAUUAAGAAAAUAACUUCGCAGCACGGGAUUCCCGCUCUUUUCAAAGGUCAAUGCGUCACCUUCCUUCGCGAGGCAGCGGGCUAUGGCGUCUACUUCCUGGUGUACGAAAAACUGAUACAACGCGAGAUGCUGACGAAGGGCAUCCGCCGUGAAGAGAUAAACCCUAUUAACCCCGUUCUAUAUGGUGCAGCUGCUGGAUAUGCUCUGUGGGCGGUAAUAUACCCGAUAGACAUGGUCAAAUCUAGGAUGCAGACGGAUGGUUUCACAUCCUCCACUGGUCAACGGUACGCUUCAGCAAGGGACUGCGUGCGGAAAGUCUGGCGGACAGAAGGCAUUGGUGCCUUCACGCGGGGGUUAGGUCCCACUCUCAUUCGAUCUCCCUUCGCAAACGGUGCUACUUUCCUUGGGUUCGAGUUGGCAAGCCGACUCCUUUAUUCAUGA